CCUGCUAUCUUACUAGCCACUAACGAGGCUUCUCGGGCGACCACUCGAUGGCGGCCGUCGUCGCCUCCGCCCCGCCUCCGCCCGGCCGCCACGCCGCUCUCCCUCCCACUGCCUCCGGUCGCCUCCCCGCACAUCUCCGCCGAUCCCGCGACCGCCCUCACCGCCUCCACCACUCCGUCCCCUCCCCGACGACCGAUUGGACGCUGGAGCAACGCAUCCGCGAGUCCCUGGGCAUCCUAGACCUCAUGGAAUCCCAGUCCAUCUCCCCCGAACCCGAGAUCCUCGCUUCUCUCCUCAGGAGCUGCGCAGAAGCCCGCUCCCUCCGCCUUGGCCGCAUCGUCCACGACAAAGCCACCCGGACCGGCCUCCUCUCCCACCCUCUCGUCGCCAACAGUUUGGUCCUACUCUACGGCAGGUGCGGCCAACUCGGCACCGCGCGUCUCCUGUUCGAAAAAAUGCCGGCACGGAAUGUCGUCUCAUGGACCACCAUCAUUUCUGUCUACCACCGGGCCGGCUUCCCGCACGAUGCGCUCGACUUGUACAGAUCGAUGCAGACGGUUGGCGGUGUUCGGCCAAAUGCCUUCACGUACUCGGUUGCUCUUAACUGUUGCGCCAGUGUACAAGACUUCGAAUUGGGGGUUCGAAUUCACGAAGAGCUUGUGCAGGAUGGAUGCGAAUCUGAUGAAUUCAUUGUCGUCGCGCUGAUUGACAUGUAUGCCAAGUGCGGCUGUGUGGCCGAUGCCCGUCAGGUGUUCGAUCGUAUGACCAAACAGUCAGUAGAGGCUUGCACAGCCAUGAUUGAAGGGUACAAUGGCAAUGGCGAGGGAAAGAAAGCAAUAGAUGUGAUGAGAAGGAUGUUUCAGAAUGGGAUCAGCGGUGCUGCUGCUGCCAAACUGGGGUUCGCGUCAAUGGCCAGAGCAUGCGUCAUAGAGUUGGCUCUUAGACAAGGCCAGGAGAUUCAUGCACGCACCAUCAAAGUUGGGCAAUAUCCAGGAUCGAAAGCUCUUACAGCACUGGCCGAGUUGUAUGAGAAAUGCGACAAGAUGGUGGCGGCAAAACAUAUUUUUGAUUCUUUGGUAGUCAAAGAGAUGGAUCUGUGGGUGAGAAUGGUUGGUGGCUUUGUGAGGAACAAGAUGUACAGAGAUUCUUUGAAGUUGUACACGGAGAUGAUGUCUCUCGAUCUCAAUUUGAAUCCAUUUCUAGUAGCACUGGCCAUCAAAUCAUGCAUAGAGAUGCCAGGUUUGCAGGAAGGGAAACAAAUUCACUGUACACUAGUCAAAGUUACACGGUUGGUCGAUGAGUCUGUUGUUGACAGUCUUAUAGAGUUCUACAGAAGCUUUGGAGAGUACGCAGCAGCACAGAAGCUAGAGAAACAGAGUUGAGUUUGUGUUCUUUGGAAGAGGCCACUCGGAGCUGCAUUGCAAGGAUAACCGGAGUAUGAUAGUUUGGGUUUUGAUGCAAGAGCUUCAUUUUUGGCAUAUGCCAGAUAGCUUUUCUGCGAUAGAAAGGGAUGGGCAUUUGACACUCUGUCACCUCCGUGGCCUCUUAGCUUUGAUGUUUGAAGGCAACUGAAAAAAUGAGAUGCUUAUGACAGACAUACGGAGUAUUCCAAUAAACGCUUGAAAUUUGGCACCAUUUUCUUGAUAAAUUAACGAUGAGAAAAGGAUUGAUUUUAGUUCUUUUACAGUCUUAGUAUAAGUGCUUUGUUCUUCUCCAAACCAUAUUUCAAUGGCUGUGAAGAAUUUGUAGUUUGUGCGUUGUUGAUACAGUUGUGGUGGCAUUGUAUGAUAAAUUUAAGUGACUUUAAGUAAUAUAAAGAGCUCGAUUACGAGAUCA